AUGGUGGGCACUGAAGCUGCAGUUGUGAUCGAAAGCUCUGUCCCUUCAUCUGUUGCUGCUUCCGUGGCUGUGGUUGCGAUGGCGGCGGCCGCUGAGGUUGAAGUGAUCAACACUACCGAGUCGGAGCUCACUAACCUUGAGAUUCAAAGUGUUCCCAUUCUCGAUUUUGAUAAGGGUGAUCCCACCAUGUAUGAGGCCUACUGGAAAUUAAUUGGUGAUGAUUUCAAAAUCACCAUUUCAUCAUCUGAAGCCCUCAGCUACUUCGCCAACCCCAAGAGUUUCUGCUGGUAUAUGCUCCCUAAACUCGAGCAUGAAAUCAAGAAUCUCCACAAUUUGGUCGGAAACGCCGUCGUGGAAGGUCGCCACAUCGUGGUUGGGAAUGGCUCCAGCCAGCUCAUCCAAGCCGCCCUUUACGCCCUGGCCGAACCCCUCGACCCCCCAAGCCCCAUCAGUGUUGUGUCCGCGGCUCCCUUCUACUCCUGCUAUCCGCAGAUAGCAGACUGUAUGAGAUCGAGGUUGUUCAAGUGGGGAGGCGAUGCUCAUGCUUACAACGAUGACAAAGCCUACAUAGAGAUGGUCACUUCACCAAACAAUCCUGAUGGUGAAUUAAGGGGCCCUGUGUUGAAGAGAGCCAAUGGAAUGCUCGUGCAUGAUCUUGCAUACUACUGGCCUCAAUACACGGCCAUCACAAAUCCUGUUGACCAAAACAUCAUGCUCUUCACCAUGUCGAAAUGCACAGGACACGCAGGGUCUAAGAUUGGGUGGGCGAUAGUGAAGGACCCUGAUGUGGCAAAACGGAUGGUAAGGUUCAUGGAAAUCAGCACCAUUGGGGUGUCCAAGGAAGCUCAACUCAGAGCUAUCACCAUCUUGGAGAUGAUCUCCACCAACAGCUGCCCAAAUAAUUUCUUCGAGUUCGGGCGGUUUGUUAUGACUGAGCGGUGGAAGAAGCUACGAGAAGCUCUUCAGGGAACUGAUGUUUUGCAGGUCCCUGACUUUCCUCCUCAACACUGCAACUUCAAACAAGACUAUAACGAAUGCCAUCCAGCUUACGCCUGGAUGAAGGCCCAAGAGGAAGUCAAUCUAGAAGAGGUAAUGAAGGAGGAGAAAAUUCGAGUACGAGGAGGCGGGACUUUCGGGUGCCCCAGCAAUUACGCUAGGCUUAGUAUGCUGGGCAGGGAUAAAGACGUUGAUUUGCUUCUGAAGAGGCUUCCCUCCAUUUUUAAACGUCUAGCUCUUUGUACCCUUUGAUCGUAGCUUACAUCUGUUUCAGCCAUGUGGCGUAGAGGUCUCGGUGCUUUGGUGUUUUGUGAGUGCCAAAAA